GGAUUUUUGACCGAAUUUUUUUGCAAACAUAGAUCUAGAUCUAGAUAAAAUGGAUAUUUUAGUUAUUUAAGCAUUUAUUUGCAGCAUCAAUGGCUUAGAUGACAGGGAAUAUUUGGGACCUCACCCUGUAUGAUCAAGGGCGAUGGCUGUAUGCUGUUUCCUUAGGUAUCAGCCCAAAAUGCAGUCUAUCACCUGGUCAUGUGCUGUAGUUAUUGCAUCUCAUAGCUUCAAAAUUUCCCUUUUGUUCACUAUGUUCCUUGCUGAAACUGCUGGUCAGUGCAGAGAUCAAGAACUAACUGGAUACACCACAGGCCCAACACUUUACACCUCUCCAGGGUUUGAACGUGAUCGACAGUAUGACUACAUUGGGGAUAUUUCACAAAAGUUAUGCCGUGUACUGUUCCGAUCAGCUUAUGAUGAAGACAGUCUUAAAAUUCAGGUCAUUGUCUCCGAUUUGAUGCCCAGGAAUUCCAGAAAUGAAUGUGAAAUUGGAAAUGUGGUCACCUUUUAUGAUGGCUCAUCGACUGAUUACUCAGUGCUGAAAGAAUUCUGUGGCCAAGAAACACCAGUUAUUGAGAGCACAGGCAACACGGUCCUUAUGGUAUUUCAAUCAGAACACAUUUUGUUAAAUAGAUACAGAGGAUUUCAGUUAAAAUAUUCCAGCUUAGAUAGAGGAGGAUAUGAUGUUUACAAGUCAUCAACAUCAGUAGGUAUAGGAACAAUUGUAGGUGUCGUUAUACCUGCUGUGAUAUUGUAUUGUGUUCUCUUUGUCUUCGUCUACAAGAGAUGCAAAUACGCACAACGGGCCCGAGAAAACCUUUCAAACCCUGCUGCCCCUCCGGUAGAGAUGAGCAUGGCCACCACGUUAACCCUACUCGACCCAGGAUGCAGAGGUCCUCUCCUCAACAGCCAACCUGCGCUCAACGGACACGCCAGAACAAUCAUGAACGACUGUCCCAACAUGACCAUGAUGGUCCCACCCAAAUGCAGCAUCAUCAAUCACAGUCAGCAGCCUCAGAAAAAACGUCGAGUGCGCCACCCCGCCGGAGAUUUAAGGAACGGGGAAGUGGUGUACCUCCCGCCUCCGCUGUUAUUCACUGGAAACGUCUCCGCCGUGGUGGAUGACGCUUGCUCAGGGUACGGCUCCGAAAGGGACGAAUCCUUGCGGCUUUUCUCACAAGACCCGUCUGGUGUUUAUUAUGCUGGGAACGUCGACGAGCAUGGUAUUCUUCAUCCGCCAGAAGGUCAAGGAUAUCCGGUUUACCCAUUGGCGCCAGCACCGUCGAUCGCGUCGUCCUCGCUCAUUCAAAGUUAUCUUGCCCAUCAUAUAGAGGAUGAUCGCAGGUCACGAGGCAGCAGUAGAAGGUCACCGUACACCAGUGGGAGGAACUCUCCCCGGGAAGGAAGCAGCGGGCGGGGGUCUCCUUUUAGAAAUAGGGGCACCAACCCUAUAGCAAUCUACAGCGGAGCUUCUGUUCUACAUAGUUAUCUGGAGCCAGAAGGUCAGACUUUUACCUAUUAUGGUAUGAUCGAUGGCAUCGGCGGUGAGGCUAGAGAAACAGACCCAGGGCUUUCAAACAUGAACAGCAGCACAGAGUACGUAGAUCAAAGCUUAGUGGUACCACCCGUGCCAUCGUACGAGGAUAGUCUGAGUUUAAUAAUUUCGUCCCCACCAUCGUAUGAGGAAAAUAAUGAUUUACAAGCCCCGCCCUCCUAUGAGGAUGCAGCAACUGGUAAAUAUUCCCCCAACUAUGCUAAAUUGUGAACUAAAGGGGAGGUAAUUGUUUUACUAUGUUUUUUUUUUUUUGCUGUUUACAACUGUUGAACUUGUACAUUUUGUUGAAGCUCUUUUUUAAUUUUAAUUCAGGUCUUAAGAUACGUUAUUUUUUUUAUUCUUGCAUAGAUAAAAUAUUCUCAUUUUUUUUUUUUAAAAAUGAGUUGAAACCUAAAAUUUGACAAAAUAGAACAUUAACGCAUUUAAACAGCUGGUUUUAGCUAUAAAUUCAGUGCAGUGUUUUUCUUGAUGGAGGCUGUUGUUGCUAUUUGUUGUCCACAUUUCUCAAGCCUUUUGGCGCUCCCACCUCAUUUGUUACCUAAUGGUUUGUUCCAUUGUUGUUUUCUCUCUGUUUUGUUUUUUAAAAGGUUUUCCAUUUUGUUGAUUUGUGAUAUUAAAAAAAAAAUUGUGUGCUUGCCAUGUUUCUCAGCUGGUCAUUGUCAAAUCUGCUUAAAAUUGAAAAAUUAAUAAUUUGAGAGGAUAAAAUUAAAUUAAUCUUAUCAGUUUAGAUUCUAAAACUCUAAACGUUAAUUCAAUUUUUAAUUUAUCAAAUACAUUUGUUGCAUAGUUGUUUUUUUUUACUUGAAAAUGUAACUAAAAU